AUGUUUUGGGGACCAUGGCCUUCUUCUCACCUUAUGCUCUGGUGUGCGGCUCUCAGAAGACAGCGAAAACACCAUGGCCUUGCAGCCUUCAAGCCCCUAUGGUGCUCGUGCCUCCUGGCCCUCGCGUGCAUCCCACAGUGGGUGUGGGCGCCCCUCUACAAGAUAGGGGUAGUGGGCCCUUGGACUUGCGACCCGUUGUUCUCAAAGGCUCUGCCUGAGGUUGCUGCUGGCUUAGCCAUUGAGCGCUUAAACCCGUCGUUUGACGCGGGUUGCUCUUUUGCAUAUGUGAUUCUCAAUGAAGACUGCCAGACCGCCGGGGCCCUUUGCAGUUUCAUUGUUCACCACCAGAUGGCCACCACCAGAUUCAUUGGCCCUGUCAACCCCGGCAACUGCGAGGCCGCCUCGCUCCUGGGAAACAGUUGGAACAAAGGGCUUUUCUCUUGGGCUUGUGUGAAUUACGAAUUAGACAAUAAAAUCAGCCACCAGACCUUUUCUCGGACACUCCCUUCUCCGGGCCGGGUGCUGGUAACUGUCAUGAGAUACUUCCAGUGGGCUCACGCCGGAGUCGUCUCCUAGAUGAAGACUUGGGUGCACGCCGCCAAUCGAAUACCAAGCGCUCUGCAGAGCCGGGGCCUACCGGUAGGGGUCGUCCUGAGCUCAGGACAAGACAGCCGCAGCAUUCGGACCGCGCUCCUGCGGAUUCGUCAGGCUGACAGCAUUCUCAUAAUCAUCAUGUAUGUGCAUUCGGCCUUGAUUGGGGGAGAGACUCAGAUGCAUCUCUUGGAAUGGGCUCAUGAUGUGAAAAUGACUGAUAAAAACUACGUCUUUGUUCCCUAUGAUGCUCUGCUCUACAGUUUACUUUAUAAGCAUACCGCCUACCAGGUCCUGAGGAACAACCCGAAACUCCGGGAAGCCUAUGAUGCUGUGUUGACCAUUACAGUGGAGUCCCAAGAAAAAACCUUCUAUCAAGCCUAUACUGAGGCAGCAGCUAUACAUGAAAUUCCUGAGAAGUUGGAGUCAGAUCAGGUAAAUAAUUGUAAUUUUUAAAAAUAUAUUUCACCAUUGUUUGGAACCACCUAUAAUUCAAUUUACGCACAAGCCAUGAAUAAUGCUAUGAAAGAAAAUGGACAGGUUAGUGCUGCCAGCCUGGUUCAGCAUUCCAGAAACACGCAGUUCUAUGGAUUCAGCCAGUUGAUAAGGACAGAUUCAAAUGGAAAUGGAAUUGCAGCAUAUGUAAUCCUGGACACCAACUGGAAAGAAUGGGAACUCUAUAGCACUUACACUGUGGACAUGGAAACGGCUGGUGGCAGGCCCCCUCGAGCAGAUGCACAAUGCUGGUUUGCAGAAGGGAAGAUCUGACGAGGUAAGGAAUAGAAAAAAUCAUUGGCAUUGACCAUGUCUUUGUGUGAUGGUCUGACUUGCUUUGCUUAUAGCCCUGCUAUUAAUGGAUUUGCUUACUUUAUAUGGUGUCGUAUAAAUAAAAUCCAGUUGAUUAAAGGACCCUAUAGAAUUCUACUGACUUUGAAGGAUGUGACGUUUAUCAAUCCCCACUUUGGCAGUAAGAGAGGAAGUUGUACCAGUGUAAGCUUCCAGAUCAUCUCAGAAGUCCAAAGUGGAAGGUUUCCAAGGUUCCCCUUUUUCUCAGGGAGUCUAACUCCAGCUACCUAUGAAAACUCCAACAUAUCCAUUUACGAGGGUGAUUGGGUGUGGCUGAAAAAGUUCCCCUUUGGAGGUUUUGGAGACCUUAAAUCCAUCAAAUCCAGUGCAAGUGAUAUGAUUGAAAUGAUGAAGGACCUGCAUCAUGAAAAUAUUAACCCUUUAUUGGGCUUCUUCUAUGAUUCAGGGAUAUUUGCCAUUGUGACAGAAUUCUGUUCCAGAAGGAGCCUAGAAGACAUAUUGACAAAUCAGGAUGUAAAACUUGACUGGCUAUUUAAAUCAUCACUUCUGCUGGAUCUUUUCAAGGGCAUUAAGUACUUACACCACGGAGAGUUUGCUCAUGGGAGGUUGAAAUCUCAGAACUGUGUGGUAGAUGGGUGUUUUGUACUAAAAGUGACAGAUUAUGGCUUUAAUGAUAUCUUGGAAACUCUAGUCUCCCAAGAGGAACCUUCUGCGGAAGAGUUGCUAUGGAGCCCUGAACUGUUGAGAACCCCAAAGGGCAGCAUGUUAGGUUCUUUUGCAGGAGAUGUCUAUAGCUUUGCCAUCAUCAUGCAAGAAGUGCUGGGGACGCCUGGGUGGCUCAUGCUGGUCCGGGGCACCCCAUUCUGCAUGAUGGAUCUGCCUGUCAAAGAAAUCAUAGACAGAGUUAAGAAGCCUCUUCCUGUAUACAGACCCAUGGUUCCUCCUGAGUGUGCCCCUCCAGAAUGUCUCCAGCUGAUGAAGCAGUGCUGGGCUGAAGCUUCAGAACAGCAACCAACUUUUGAUGAAAUAUUUAAUCAGUUUAAAACUUUGAAUAAAGGGAAAAAGACCAAUAUCAUUGACUCCAUGCUUCGGAUUUUGGAGCAAUAUUCUAGCAACUUGGAAGAUUUGAUCAGGGAACAGACUGAAGAGCUGGAAAUUGAAAAACAGAAAACGGAAAAACUUCUAACACAGAUGCUACCACUCUGUCUCUGCUUUUGAUCAGUUGCCAAAUCCCUCAAAAAGGGCUACAUGGUUGAACCUGAGGGCUUUGACUUGAUCACCUUGUACUUCAGUGACGUUGUGGGCUUCACCACCAUCUCAGCCAUGAGUGAGCCUAUUGAGGUGGUAGAUCUUCUCAAUGACCUGUACACACUCUUUGAUGCUGUCAUAGGCAGUCAUGAUGUCUACAAGGUAAUAUUGACCAUUGGAGAUGCUUACAUGGUGGCCUCAGGCCUCCCAAAGAGGAAUGGCAAUCGGCAUGCAGUUGAGAUUGCAAACAUGUCCCUAGAUAUCCUGAGCUCCAUGGGGACCUUUAAGAUGAGACACAUGCCAGAGGUGCCAGUCCAGAUUCGAAUAGGCCUGCAUUCAGGGCCAGUUGUUGCUGGAGUGGUGGGGCUCACCAUGCCCAGAUACUGCCUGUUCAGAGACACUUUGAACACAGCUUCUCGGAGGGAAUCAACAGGGUUACCUUACUUCAUUCAUGUCAGUCACAGCACCGUGACAAUUCUUCGAGCUCUGAGUGAGGGCUACGAAGUAGAGCUUCGAGGAAGGACAGCGCUCAGGGGCAAAGGCACAGAAGAGACCUUCUGGCUGGUUGGAAAAAAAGGCUUUAAAAAGCUCCUUCUUGUGCCCCCACCAGUGGGCAAAGAUGGGCAAGUGGGCCAUGGCUUACAACCAAUAGAGAUUUCAGCCUUCCAAAGAAGAAAAGCAGAAAGGCAACUGGUGAGAAACAAGCCAUAA